AUUUACAGACAUGCAUUGCACGAUUCUUCCAUGACCACCUACAAUUAUUUAAUUUUCUUUUCAAACUUCAAUCAAGGUUUAAUAUAGUCCAUAUAUGUCCAAGAUUAAUCUGCACAAAGUCUUGAAUCAUUCUUUGCAAUGACUACACCAAAAAGAAGCUUGCUCAAGAUCAUCCUCCUUGGAGACAGUGGGGUGGGAAAAACAUCUUUGAUGAACCAAUAUGUGUACAAGAAAUUUAGAGCCCAAUACAAGGCAACAAUUGGGGCUGAUUUUGUGACUAAAGAGUUGCAGAUUGAUGACAAACUUGUGACUUUACAAAUAUGGGACACGGCCGGGCAAGAGCGGUUCCAGAGCUUGGGCGUGGCGUUCUACAGGGGCGCGGAUUGCUGCAUUCUUGUUUUCGACGUGAACGUGCUCAAGUCAUUCGAGACUCUUCAAGUUUGGCACCAAGACUUUCUCAAACAGGUUGAUCCUUCUAAUCCGGAGAAGUUCCCGUUCGUGUUGAUCGGGAACAAGGUGGACGUUGAUGGUGGAAAUAGCCGGGUGGUGUCGGAGAAGACGGCUAGAGAGUGGUGUGAGGCCAAAGGGAAUAUACCUUAUUUUGAGACAUCAGCCAAAGAAGACUACAAUGUUGAGGAUGCAUUCAUCAAUUGUGCCCAGAUUGCACUAGCCACUGAUCCCAUUAACAUUUGGCCUCUUGAUGAAGAGAUGCCAUCCCAUUGUGAUCUUGAAAGAAUUCAAGAAUCUAUGACGGGAGCUGAUUUUCCUAGAGGAGGAUGUGCUUGCUAAUUAUUUUAUCAUCAUAUAUGCUUAAUAUAUUGAUAGGUAAAAUCCAUUUUUUCCAUUAAUAAUAAUAGGAGUUGUGUGUAUUACUAUAACAAUUCUCACAUUUUCAGUGCACCAUCACAUCGUUAAUGUACAUUUGAUCAUUAAUUAAAUGUGAAAGCUUGCAAUUUUCAGAA